AUGAGUUUGACGAAAAAAGCUAUUGGCGGUUCUAUCCAUCGAAUACGCGAGUUUGAAUUAGAAAAGGUGAAUCUUGCCGAAGAGUUCGAUAUACUGCAAAUAGUAGGAGAAGGAUGGUUCGGAAAAAUAUUGCUAACAGAACACAAGAGUACACAAACAGAAAUGGCGUUAAAGGCAUUACCAAAAGCAUAUACAGCAAUUACUGAUUUUUAUCGAGAGUUUCAUUAUGGCCUUCAUCUUUCAGCACAUCGGAAUAUCAUAACAACUUAUGACGUUGCUUUCGAGACUGCUGGGUUUUAUGUUUUCAGUCAAGAAUAUGCUCCACUUGGCGAUUUGACGUCAAAUGUAACAGAAACAGGUCUCGGUGAGCUUCACACUAAAAAAGUAGCCCGUCAAUUAGCCGCUGCGAUUCAUCAUAUUCACAGCCGAGAGCUAGUGCAUCGAGAUGUAAAACUUGACAAUAUUCUUGUGUUUAAAAGUGACUUUUCGAGGAUAAAACUUUGUGAUUUUGGCGAAACACGACGAAUAAAUACUAUUGUAAGAAGGCACAAUGAAUGGCUGCCAUAUUCACCUCCAGAAGUUUUGCACGUAGAUCCAGAUGAUACUUACAAAGCACUAACAGCCCAUGACGUUUGGCAAUUCGGUAUAGUAUUAUUUGUUUGCCUGACAGGUUGUCUACCUUGGCAAAAAGCAGCAAUGGAUGACAAAAGAUACACACGUUACUUGAAUUGGCAUUCAUCGACGCUAAAUAUUGCCAAAAAACCGAAGCUCUUUCAAUUAAUUAGUUCACGAGCCCAGAGAAUGUUCAAAAGACUGCUAGAACCUAAAUUAGAAAAGCGACCUGUUAGUGUAUUGGAAGCUAAUAAAUAUCUUGAAGAUCGGUGGUUGGGCAAAUUGGGCGCCGAAAAAUCGAUGAAUGGCGGAGCAGACGAAAGAGACGAAUUGUGCCCAUCAAUGUACAGCUUCCACAGUUCUCCUGAGGAAAAGAACCAAUUGCUGUACACCUUAACGCGAUACGGAAUCGAAACAACGGUGGACAGGUCGCGAAAGAAAGACCGAAUUCGUGAGUGGAUCCAAUCCAGCGCUAUAACCGAAGAAAACGAAGACGAGGAAUCAGCCAUGGAAGAUUUGCUUCCGGAUAUCAGUAACAGCGUGAAUGAAAACGAUACCGACGAAAACGGGAGCAUGCAGGGCCGCCAUUUUCCCGAAAGACGUCCUAGUAUCAAGAAUUCAGUGAGCCCAGAAAGGCCAAUCACCAGCGAGAAGGUCAGAGUUAGAAGGUCUACUAGUGACAAGACUUCUUCAAGAAGCAGCCCUCACGAGUCGAGCUCCAAAAGACGUUCCAAAUCCACGCACGGACCCUCUUUGCGAAACAUCGAAAGGAGGAACCCUUUUGCCCCGCAAGUUGCCGAAGAAAUGCAAACUAUCGCGCGAUUCGCUAACUUUCCCAAUGGAGAUCCUAACCUUGCAGUUUCUCCUUUGGUAAUUGUAAGACCGGAUAAUUCAGGGCACCAAUCUUCUGCUCCAAAAGCUCCUUACUCCGCGCCAAUUCCUGCUAAGCUUGGUUUCAACGAACCAAUUCAGGAGAAAAUGGUCGAUUCAGCAAGCAAAGAGGUCAAAUCUAACAAUGCUGCGAAUUUGGCGAUGAAUUCAGCUUGGGAGGACGUCCAAUCGAAAGAAUUGAACGUGGAAAUGAUUCCUUACAUGCAGUCGCCUCCUAAAAGUCCCCAAGUGCCGAUAAGGAAGAAUCGGGACCAUGGAAUUCAAUUUCCUCUGAUAAAUCAGGUUCCCACGAUGGAUUCGGCCAACAAUGGACGGAAUGAAAGCAAUAAAUUAGCGCAGCAAUUGCCGCUAAUUCCAAAUCCACUUACCAUGUCAGUGGCUUCGCAAUUAGUGAUGCAGAGCUUUCACACAAUUCAGGGGAUCAAUUCGAUGCAAUCGACUCCGUUGUCUGGAUCUGGAACUUCAUCGUCGGGAUCUGUAUAUGGAAAGGAUGCUUAUGAGCAUUACGGCGUAGCCCAAGGCACUGUUAUGGCUAAGCCUGAACACAGAAAUGGACGAUCUAGUGGCAGUGGAAGCAGAUCUGUUAGUAAUUAG